AUGGACGAAUCUUCCUCUCUCGAUGCUCUUGCGGACACGCUCACAAGACUAUCCGCGAAUUCGUACAGUGUUGACCUCCAUGCACAACACAUUCGCCUGGCAAAGUCCAUGGACGACAAGGACCAACUGUUGGUUGCUCUUGAGAUGGCAGCAAACUAUAUGGCAACACCAGACACCAUCUGGCUACCUCUUAUUGACGCGAAGACUGCUGUGAGUGAUACAAAUACGCCAGAGGGCACACUGGAGGUGUUGGGCGUAUAA